AUGCCGGCAAAUCUUCUUGCACUUCCAAAUGAGCUCGUUCUCUCGAUCGUAGAUCAUUUACCUCGUCUACCUCGGGACCGUCGGGCGGAACUUGUCUCGCUGACCAUGGUGUGUAAGAGUUUUCAUGAAAUUGCGAUGGAAAUCCUCCACAAAGAUGUCUGCGUCGACAUAGCUAAAGUACAUCGGCUCGUCUAUUUGUACGUCGCUCAACCCAAGCUCGCGCAACUAGUGAAAAGCAUAGACCUUUUCGGAGAGGCUGAUCCGCAUGCGUUUCUCGAACUUGAAGCGAAGGAACCGGACUUUUACGAGCCAAUUAUCGGAUCAUCAGGCCUCAACGACUCACUACAGCGUAUACUGAUAGGCGACCUGCGACGGCAAGACCACCAGGCCUACAUGGCCCUUCUCUUACUACAGACUUUGAAUUUCCAAAUCCUAUUAUUGGGACAAACAUAUCAUAGCGAUAUCCAUUUCCUCGAUCCGGUAUUCUUCACCGGCCUGUCCACUUCACCAAAUAGUAUGAGUCCAGAUCAUGUACACACUAGAGACGUUCAGCCUUAUUUGAGAGAGAUUAUCGCAACGCGACUAAAGCCACGGUUGACUAGGCUAGAGAUCCCGCACCACGGACUAUGGGAUGUUGUUUGGGGAGGACACCAAUCCUUGGAUUUGGGCGAAUACAUCCAGCUUAGCCACCUGACCACAAGCGUCGACGGAUUUUUGAUAAUCAAAUGGCCAGUUUGGGGAGCCAGGGCUGUCUACCAUUUUGGUGUACUACCCAAGACACUCACCCAUCUAACGAUCGGAGGCGUGAGCUGGGACCUUGGACAUCUACUAGCUCAUCUCGCCUUGGAAAAAUCCAGUGGUAGAACGCCGGAGUUGCACAACCUCGUCGUGUACAUAGCGGAGUAUGCGCAAACAAAACAAAUCUUCGCGCAAGUCCAAACGCUUGAAGAUGCCGGGAUCACAACGACGCUUAGAUACGAUGACCUUUGCUACUGUCUUCGCCUCGAUACGCUAGAUACUGGCUAUCGCUCCCGCCACAUGGACGAAUCAUUAAGGUCCCUAGAGAUGCGAGGACAUUUCGAGCCUUGGAGAUACGUAGCUACCGCCAGGGAAGUGCUGCAAAUGACCCACGGCCGAAAUAUGGAGGAAAGAGGGCAAAUAGAAGAAGAGGAGCUCAAGUCGCAGGAAGACCAGGACGAGAACAAGACCGCUAGCGAAAGCGGUAAAGAUAUCUAA